AUGCCAUGCCUUCCACUCCACACAGAUCACCGGGUCAUCAACCCGCUCAUCCCGGACCCACCCAUCUCACCAGCCCCAUCCACACCGGUCACCAACCACCUACGCGAAGUGCCCCUAUCCCAUCACCCGUCACCUCAUCUUCAUCUCCACCACCACGUCGGCACAGCCACCAUUUCCACUGUUCACCGCUCCCUCCCCUCUCUACCACACCUACGCACGCCCCCAUCCAACCCCAGUCAACCACCUACCACCCUACUCCCUCCUACCGACCACGGCAGCCCAUUCCACCGUCACCACCCUACUUACGGAAGCCUCCCAUUCCACCCGUCCCACACCCGCUACGGCAGCCCCCAUAACUCAAUCACCCACGACCCUCUCUACGCGCAAGCCCUUACCUCACACCGCACUUACAACACUGCGCAACAGUCUCUCCAUCCAACCGUUCACCUCACUCAUCACCUCCCCACUGCAGCCUCAUUCACACUCCAUCCACCACGACAGCCAUUCAUCACCGUCACUCCAGACCACCACGGCAGCCCCAUCCACCGUCACCACCUCUCAUACCAACCUCACCACCUCACGGCAGCCCCAAACUCCCUACUCAACCACCCAACCUCUCUACCUAGAAUCCUAUCCACCGUCACCCUGCAUACCCCCACCGGAAGCCCCCAUCCACCGCUCACCACUUACCGACCACUCACCGGCACGCCCCACUUCUUCACCGUGUCACCUCACCUAAACACCGGCACCCCAUCACCCGUUCACCACCUCUCCACUCUCUCACGCGGACAGCCCGCCCACCCACGUCACCCACCCAACCCACGGAAGCUCCCCCCACACACUACCCAUCCCACCGUGCUCACUCCACCCAUGGCUCUCAUCCCUCUCCCUUCAUCACCACCUCACGCGCAGCACCUCGAUUCUCAAACUCACUACCGGUCACCCAUCCACUAA